UCUGGGAUAAAUAUAUUGAAAUAAAAAAUGUAACUUGACUUGGAUUUUGGAGAAAAGUCAACGCACAAAGGAAAAAAUAAACUGGUGGAUAGCCCUCAGGAAUGAUGUCCUUUUGCCACAAUAUAGUGAACAUUUCCUGUGUGAGAAGCAGCUGGUCAAAUGAUGUCCGUGCCUCCCUGUAUAGCUUAAUGGUGCUCAUAAUUCUGACCACACUGACUGGCAAUCUGAUAGUUAUUAUUUCCAUAUCGCACUUCAAACAACUUCAAACCCCAACUAAUUGGCUCAUUCAUUCCAUGGCCACCGUGGACUUUCUGCUGGGAUGCCUCGUCAUGCCUUAUAGCAUGGUCAGAUCUGUUGAGCACUGCUGGUAUUUUGGAGAAGUCUUCUGUAAAAUUCAUACCAGUAUUGACAUUAUGCUGAGCUCAGCAUCCAUUUUCCACUUGUCCUUCAUUUCCAUUGACCGCUACUAUGCUGUGUGUGACCCACUGAGAUACAAAGCCAAGAUCAGUGUCUUGGUUAUCUUUGUGAUGAUAUUCAUUAGCUGGAGCAUCCCUGCCCUUUUUGCAUUUGGAAUGAUCUUUCUGGAGCUAAACUUGAAAGGAGCUGAACAGAUGUAUUACAAACAUGUUCAUUGCUUAGGAGGUUGCUCCGUCUUCUUUAGCAAACCAUCUGGGGUACUGGCCUUUAUGACCUCUUUUUACAUACCUGGAUCUAUUAUGUUAUGUGUCUAUUAUAGAAUCUAUUUCAUAGCUAAAGGGCAGGAAAAAUCAAUUAAUGAUGCCAAACAGAAGCUUCAAAUUGGAUUGGAAGAGAAAAAUGGAAUUUCACGAAGCAAAGAAAGAAAAGCUGCAAAGACUUUAGGGAUUGUGAUGGGAGUUUUCCUGAUAUGCUGGUGUCCCUUCUUUGUCUGCAUGGUCCUCGAUCCUUUUUUGAACUAUGCUAUUCCACACACCUUGAAUGAUGCACUGAUCUGGUUUGGCUACUUGAACUCUACUUUUAACCCAAUGGUUUAUGCAUUUUUCUAUCCCUGGUUCAGAAGAGCACUGAAGAUGAUUGUAUUUGGUAAAAUUUUCCAGAGAGAUUCAUCUAGGUAUACAUUAUUUUUAGAACCAAAUCCAUAGAACUAUUAUACAUUACCAUUUUGCCAAACAGCUGCUGAUUGUAUUUAUAAACACUGCAUAAACAACCAUAUGUACCAAUGGCAGCAUCUUUUAUCAAUUAUUUGAUGUAAAGAAUAUAUAAUGAGAUAUGAUGAUUAUAUCUUGCUUCCUACUUGCGAUGUAGUAGAUAGGAUCUUUGCCAUCCUUAUGGUAUAUGUGAAGUUUUGCAAGUUCAGAAUUUACUGUCCUACAUCCAAAAAAAAACCUUUUCCAGCUCUUUCAUGAAUUGCCAUGAAACUGACAGCGGUUCUGCACCUAAUUGUUCAGUGGUAGAAACUGUGGGCUGCAUUUGGAAAUGCAAAGUAGAGUGACCUUGUCCUUUAUUUGC